UGGAAAAAGCUCAUAUUCUCUUCACAUGUCAGGCCCUCUCAUUGGAGAGUAGUGCUUCUAUCCCCGCCUUUCUCUGUCUCUCUCAUCACAGCUACUAAGGAUGGUUCUGCACUCCACUUCGUUAUCUGCGGCGAUCAUAUUCUUGUCGGCGGCGUUGAUGGCGAUAGCUGGUGAGGCGGCGCAGUGGUGCAUAGCUCGGAGUGAUUCGAGCUCGGCAGCGCUUCAAAUGGCUUUGGAUUAUGCGUGCGGCGCCGGCGCGGCGGAUUGUCUUCCCAUACAGCCAAAUGGGCUCUGCUACCUCCCCAACUCCCUCCAGGCGCACGCUUCCUACGCCUUCAACAGCUUCUACCAACGAUCCGGCGCCGCCCCAGGAUCCUGCGAUUUCGCCGGCACCGCCACCGUCAGCGUCACCGACCCAAGCUAUGGAUCCUGUACAUACCCUUCAUCCGCAAGCACUGCUGGAGGCUCUACAACUCCCAACAGCAAUACUCCGACAACAAGCUCGCCUACAGGUCCAGGCUUCGGCGAUAUCGGUGGCGGCAACGGCGGCGGGCUUACCCCAGGUCUGGUUACUCCAUUUUCUGACACUGAUAACUCCAGUGCUGAGUCCAUUUUAAUUUAUCAGCUUGUAUCUACUUGCUGCUUUCUGCUUCUACUUCUUUGAUCUGCAAUGUAGUCUGUAUCAUAUGAAGCCAUC